AUGGAUAUUGAGAUUUUCCCCUAUCCUAAGGCCAUACUUCCCAUUGCCUCCAGCUGUUGCACUGAGGUUUCACGUCAUAUUUCCAGAAGGCUUCUGGAGAGAGUGAAUAUAUGUCGCAUUCAGAGAGCUGAUGGGGAUUGUGACUUGGCUGCUGUCAUCCUUCACAUCAGGCGCAGGAGGGUCUGCGUCAGCCCGCACAGUCACAUUAUUAAGCAGUGGAUGAAAGAACAAGAGGCCAAGAAAAAAGCUAAAGGCAACCUUUGCCACAAGAAGAAACAGGACGGCAAGAGGAACAGCAAAGGGGCACAUCAGGGGAAACCCGAAACCCAUGGCUAUAAAACUCCUUAUUAA